GUGCUCCCUGCAGACACCCGCCUCCUGCAGCGCAUCCAUCCAUCCAUCCAUCCAUCCAUCCAUCCACCAUGGCCUCCUCCUUCUCCUCCAGAACUGUCACCACCCGCAGCGUCUCCAGCUCCAGCCUGAGUGGAUCGUUUCGGAUGGGGGGAACCGACAAGACCCGCGUCUCCACGGCCAGCAUGUACGCGGGGUACGGAGGGUACGGCGGCCGCAUCUCCACGUCCACGGGCCUGAGCUCCGGGUUCGAGGGGGGAGCGGUGGUCACCAACGAGAAGUGGACCAUGCAGAACCUGAAUGAACGCCUGGCCUCAUACAUGGAGAAGGUUCGUUCUCUGGAGUCGUCCAACAGGAAGCUGGAGCUGCAGAUCAGAGAGUACUACGAAAAGAGGGCUCCUUCUGUGUCCAAGGACGUCACUGCCUUCUUUGUCACCAUCUCUGGCCUCCGAGAACAGAUCGCCAAGAGAUACGUAGAUAACCAACGUAUCCUCCUCCAAAUCGACAACGCUAAACUGGCAACAGACGACUUCAGACUGAAGUAUGAGAUGGAGUUAAACAUGAAGAUGUCGGGGGAGGCUGAUGUGACCCGUCUAAGAGGGGUCAAGGAAAGUCUGAUUUUAGCUAAAAAUGACCUAGAGAUGCAGAUUGAAGGUUUGAAGGAAGAGCUGGCCUACAUGAAGUCCAGCCAUGAGGAGGAGAUGCGGCUGUUACGGGUCCAGCAGACUGGUAAAGUGAACGUAGAGGUGGACAACAAAGAGUCUGCUGAUCUGACUAAGGUCCUGGAGGAAAUGCGAGAGCAGUACGAGUCUGUGAUGCAGAAGAACAAACUGGAGCUAGAGAAGUGGUACCAGUCUAAGGUGGAAAGUGUCCGCACGCAGAUCAUUACAUCAAAGGAGGAAGUGAAGACGGUGAACACACAGAUGUCAGAGCUGAAGAGGACCUACCAGAGUUUGGAAAUAACUCGUAGCAGUGCAGCUGCUCAGCUAGAAUACCUGCAGCGGAAUUUGGAGGAAGUAAAGAGUCGAUACAGCCUUCAGCUCAGCCAACUGCAAAUGACCAUCAACACGUUGGAGGUGGAGCUGCAGCAGCUGAGAGUUUCCAUCGAGCAGCAGCAGACCGAAUACAACGCACUGCUCGACAUCAAGAUGAGGCUGGAGUUGGAGAUUGCAGAGUACAGGAGGCUGCUGGAGGGACAAAUAGAGGAGAAGAGAGUUGAGGAGAAAAAGGCUAUCAUCAUCAGUAAGGUGGUGGAGAAAAAAGUGGAGGUGGAAGAAGAGUAUAACCCCCAUCGUCAGAGGCGUGUGAAGACCAUCGUGGAGAAUAUUGUUGAUGGUGUUGUCGUCUCCCAGAGCGUUGAUACUGAAGUGCAAGACAUACAGUAACUCACCUGUAGUUUGUGGUGUUUGACUGACAGGUGAUUUGGCCCCUAAACAGCUAAUAACUGCCACUUAUUUGAUUCUAAUGUGUAAAAGUGUCAGCAAACUCACUGCUGUAAUCUAGUCUGAGCUCUGUUCAGCUCUGUUGUCUUGCAUUGCAUUUGUGUUUUUGCAGCAUAAGAUUGUGUUUCAUAGGCAGAUGAUUCGUUUAUAAAACUAGGCUCCCAUUAAGACAGUUUUACAACAAAAAAAAAGAAAGUGAUAAAAACUAAAAUGUUGGAUGUUUUUCUUUCAUAAGCCUAACCUUGGUGACUCCAUUUUCUUUAAUUAAGAAUAUCCUGAAACAAAUAUUUGUAAUAGUGCCACAGUUUUGUUUUGUUUUGUUUUUUGUAAUAUUACAGGACAGAUCACAUCUUGAAAUAUUUUGUGACUAGAACAGGUCUAAAUAACACAAAAGUGCAAUUCAGCUCUUGUAAAAUCUAUGUGAUGAGAUAAUUUACACUUUUUGUAACAGUUUCUGAUUUUUGUAAUGUGCAAAAUUCAUUUAAUUCAAGAUUCAAAGCUUUUACUGUCAUAUGCACAGAAGGAAUCCUGUUCCCUGCACAAUGAAAUUCUUGUUUUGCUGUCCACAGAAUACCAAAUACACAACAAGUAUAAAUAGAUAAAAAGAUACAAAUUUAUCAUCUGACUUCAUUUUUGACAUCCUGAAGUAAAAAGCUGAAGUGUUCAGAUUCUGAUGACUUUAAUCUCCUGCACAUCAACAGAUUAUUUUCAUUAUUUGCUUUUUGAGGUGGGGUUACGUUGGAAUAUUUCUGCUCAUUGAAGUUUUGUAUUAUGUUUUUAGCAGAUGAUGUUUUAAAGACCAAACAAAAAUCUUGACUGUGCUGCCAGUAAAAUAGUUUUAGAGGGCGAAAAGAAAAUAAAGGCUGGUGUUUCUUA